AUGCCAUUGCCUCUGGGGAAACGGGUCCUUUUUUCCAGUGUAGUGGUCAGUGGGAGCUGUGUCCUUACAUAUUACCUUAUACAAAAAGCUUUUUCCAGGGCUUCCUAUUACGAGCUGGUAUUGGAGCAGCUGCACAGCCACCCUGAGUCCCUGGAAGCUCUGUGCACUCCUCUCAACAUCCACUAUCUACACCUCACUGACAAGUACAACUUUGUGGAUAUUGCCAGUACCCAGUUGAAGAUUCCUGUCUCUGGAUUCAAGUCAGAGGGCCAUCUCUAUGUCAGCUCAUCCAGAGAUGCCCCCUUUCAGAGAUGGCACCCUCAGGAUGUCUUCUUAAAUCUUAAGGAUGGUUAG